AUAAUAACACCUACUCAUUUGAAAUUGUGAAUAGAUCUACGUGGUUAAAUAUAGCAGAGAGAAUAUUCAAAGGAAACGCUCCAUUUAAUUUUACUAUAAUUCCGUAUAAUUAUGUAAAUAAUUCUACAAAAGAAAAUAAUAAUAAAGAUUCAGUUUUAUUAAUAAGUAAGAAUCUAAACAAUUCUUCCAAUCCAGUUGAUGAAAAUAAUCAUAUAAUUGACAGUACAAAAAGGAACACAUCGAAUAAUAAUAAUAAUAAUAAUAAUAAUAAUAAUAAUAAUAGUAAUAGUAAUAUUGUUGGGAUAUACGAAUCUGAAGUACAUGAAGAAAAGAUAAAUGAAGAUAAUACACAACAAGGUAAUAUAAAUAAAAAGGAAAACGAGAUAGUAAAUAGUAAUCAUCAAAUACCAGUAUCAAAUAUUUUUUCAGGAAAUAUUGAUAAUAAUAAAAAUUACGUUGGAUCAAAUUAUAAGAGCACUUAUAGGAAUAAUCCAGAGUUUAUUCAUUCAACAGAUUUUAUUGGUUCAAAUAAUAAUAAUACAUUUGAUUUUCUUUCGAGAUAUAAUAAUAGUGUAUUGAAGAAUAUGCAAGGAAAUACAAAAGUUCCAGGUAGCGUACCUGAAUUGAAAACUAGAAUUUUUUCAGAAGAAGAAAAUACUGAAGUAGAAUCUGCAGAAAAUAAUCAUACGAAUUCAUUAAACCCCAAUGAACCAUGUGAUAAAAUAAUAAAAUUAGGAGAUAUAAUAAAUAGUGUAAAUGAAAAAACCAUAUCUUUAAAUUCGACCGUAAAUAAUGUAUUAUGUGUAAAUUUAGAUUCAGUAAAUGGAAAUGGUUUUAUAUGGACUUUAUUAGGAGUACAUAAGAAAAAACCAUUGAUCGAUCCAUCUAAUUUCCCUACAAAAAGAGUAACACAAUCAUAUGUUAGUCCUGAUAUUUCAGUGACCAAUCCAGUACCUAUACCUAAAAAUAGUAAUACGAACAAAGAUGAUUCAAUAAAUAAUAAACAAGAUGGAAGUGAAAAUAAUAACACCACAACAAAUAAUUUUCCUAAGGCCAGAGAAAAGCUAGUCGGAGGUUCAUCCAUGUUAAUAAGUAAAAUUAAGCCCCACAAACCUGGACAAUAUUUUAUUGUCUAUUCAUAUUAUAGACCAUUUGAUCCAACAAGGGACACAAACACAAGAAUUGUAGAGUUAAACGUGCAAUAA